UCCUUGUAUAGUGCUAGUUUCCCAAGCCAGUACAUUCAGGUGUUGGUGAGUUGGUGAGUCUGCACGUGGAGUAUUGUGUGCGGUUCUGGUCGGUGGUGAUGUCUGUUAUCUAUCAAGUAGGGUGCCAUACGCAAUCCUGAUUUGAUGGAGACGGACGUGAGAGCACAGAGGAACAUCUGGAGAAACUUCUGAAAUGCCUGCUUCGCUGCUGCUGCUACUGUGUGGUCCAGAAUCUCCGGAGGGGAAGGCCCCGAGUCCUCGGCUUUGCUUGUUGCUCGGCGGCUGGGGCGGGGUCGAAGCGCUCGGCAGAGGAUGGUGCUCGGAGGGGCUGGUCAGAGGAUCGAAGUUUUCGGACGGACUCGGAGUCGGCUCAGUCGGGUGCUUCCAAUGCAUCGAACCAAGAAUAACGAGGAUCCCUGUGAAGUGUGAUAUAUUUUUACAGAUCCCCAUGGCUAACAGAGCUCAGGAGGAUGCUGUGAUCAAUGUGAAGUUUAUCCAAGAACUUGCGAAAGACCUUGGCUUUCAGUGGACCCUUGUGGCUUUCGAGCUGGGAUUCUCCAGGGCAGACAUUGGUCGGUUUCAAGCAGCCUCCAUGCAGAAAUAUGUGCAAGCCAAGAAAAUGUUGGAAAACUGGUAUGAAAAGUCAAAGGACCAAGAGAAUAAAAGUAAACGGCUACAGGUGGCUCUGGAGCGGGCAGGACGGAGAGACCUGGCGGAUAAACUGCAGUGUUUGCAUUGGGGGCACCAGAAUCUCAGCAGCCGUGUGGAGCUCCCCUCAGCUUUCCCGUUCCUCAUCACCGUGCACAAGACUAUCAACAACCGCCAGGGGCUGCAGAGAAUCAAUCAGCUCAGCCACAGAUAACGAAAACCAGCAUUGUCAUCUGACUAAACCCAAAACGUUGAUUCAGUUUUACCUGUAUGCAGAGAAGUGACAAGUUCAAUAAAAAU